CGUGCCGCCUUUGAGGUUAACUAACUACCGGGAGCUCCGUGCCGGCUGCUGUCCUGUGGGAGCCAGGCGGGGCAGGCUCUGAGGUUUUUGCCAUCAUUUGAGGUGCCAUCAGAUGCUCUGUGCUGACUCCAGGCUGGCAGAGGUGUGGGCAAAUCGUGGCACCGACAGGGGGCUGAAGGCAAGCAGGCAGCAAACAAUCAGCAACAACUCUGUGCAGAGCCGGACAGCACAGGGCAGCUCCAGGUCCUCGAGCUCACUCAGAGGAGACUUCUGAAGGUCUGGCUGCAGGGAUGGACAGCGAGGUGCAGCGGGACGGCAGGAUCCUGGACCUGAUCGACGACGCCUGGAGAGAGGACAAACUGCCCUACGAGGAUGUGGCCAUCCCCCUGAAUGAGCUCCCUGAACCAGAGCAAGACAAUGGUGGCACAACUGAGUCUGUGAAGGAGCAAGAAAUGAAGUGGACAGAUCUGGCUCUGCAGUACCUCCAUGAAAAUGUCCCAGCCACAGGCAACUGAUGAAGCCCUUGGGCUUCAGACAGGCAACAGGAACUGCCCUGCCCUGCCCUGCUAAGCACUGCUGCACAGGCUCCUUUCAGGAGGAAACAACUCUGCUGGCACAGGCUCUGCUGCUCUGAAAGUGGCUCUGCUCACAGUGACCAGGCCCAGCUGGGGAUGAAGCAGCUGUGGGCAGCUGACUGCUCAGAGCUGCUAUCAGACUGUGCCCUCCCAGCCUUCUUUUCAGCUCUCCUGGUCACUUGUUCUGCAGUUGGUGCCAGUUUGAUCUUCAGUGUUCUCUACAUGUGAUAAAUGAAGU